AUGGCGUCUGGAGAAGACGCAGUUGGUGAUUCGGUCACAAUGCAGCUUUUAUCGAAGUACAACGACCACAUUUCUGAACGAGACGAGAGUCUGGCAGAGUUUGAGAGGAAAGAAGACGAAUCAAGCCAGCCCAGCUAUGACGAGCUCUUGAAAGAGAACGUUAAGCUUAGACUCCAGUUGCAAGAAUCCGAAACAGAGCUCAUUAGCCUGAGAAAAUUUGUGGAGGUGCUCAAAUCAGACCGUAGCGUGCAGUUCGAAUCAGUUAGGCAACAGCUGGUGGUGGAGGAAGACGCACCCAAAGAACCAGUGCUUCCACCGCGAUCUGCGGAAAGGAAGCGUAACGCCAAGAACCUGAGCCUAAAUUCCGCCAGUGACUCAGCAAUUUCCGAGCCCAAGUCGCGUAAUCUUCUGUCUCCUGCAGAUAUAGGCCUCAGGAAAAACAUUUCUAACAGCUACAAUACACCCGUGCUCCAGCAGCCUGUUGCUCAAGAACACGUUCUCUCGCCGAAGGAGCUCGAUCGCAUCCGAAGAUCUAGCUCUUCGUACUCGAAUGUCGUAGCAGCCAGUCCUGCCACCUCGGUUGCCUACACGACGUCCAGAAUAUCGCCUUCGAAAAGUAACAAGCAUGACGCGAAAGAUGACGAAUCGGCGAGUGCUGCCGUGGAAAAAGGUGCGGCUAUGCGUCAGUAUGUCAAGGGCAUCUCGGGCUCAACAAGUGAAGGUUUCAACUCGCCACUGAGACAAGUUUCCAGCAGCAAUAGUCAUCAAAAUCUGUCCGAACACUCAUCGCGAAAAGCAUACCCUAAGAGCCCAGUCCCUAAUUUGCUCGCAACGGAAGAGAAAGCAGCCGAUUUCUCUCCUUCUUCAAAGCGAAAUUUCAACAACUUUGUCGAAAUGUUAGACUCCUCUUUCGAAACUGAGGAUCCCUCCUCUUCUCAAACUAGAAGGUUGGACCAGCAAAGUGGAUCACGAGCAUUAGGCUCGCCAGUCACCCUAAGAAAAGCUCCCAAUUCACCCCAAUUAGAGCAAAGCCCACGAAACUCCAUCAGACCAUCAAACGCUUCGAUUGAGGGACGAUCUUUCGCAACAACUGUUCCAUCCUCAGUCGCAUCGCAAAACAUAUCCUCACAAGAUCAACAGUCUCCAAGAUCUUUCAGUACCAAAAGCUUUCCUACUGUAAGUGGUGACACCAACUCUAUUACAAUUCAGUCAACAAAUAACACAUCGACGCCGUCGGUCACAGAUACACAAAGCGUCGUAUCCGAUAUUCCGCUCUUUUUGCAACCCAACGAGCUCAACACUAUCAGGAUUGAAAUCAUAAGUACCUUGCAUCGUGAUCAAGACAGGUUCUGUGACGACAACUUCAUACUCUUCAGUGUCAUCGACAAGCAGUCAGCAAAGGACAUUUUCAGGUUCGCCAAAACCAUCGAUCGCGUGUACGAGUUGGAUGUUUACCUAAAAUGUCAUAUGGACACCAUCAUGCUCCCGCCGCUACCAGAAAAACAGCUAUUUGAAUCAAAUUCUCCAGUCAAGAUAGACUACAGAAGAGAGAAGCUCAACGAUUAUUUCAACUGUCUUUAUGGUUCUUCGAAUGUCCUUCCAAUAGUUGCGCUGAAAAUGGCUAAAUUCAUAAGUACGGGAACUGUUAUGAAUUCAAUUAUUGGAGAAUACGCGAAGGAAGGUGUUCUGCUUAUGCGUAAAAGCAAGGCCUUGGGCACUCCCAACAACUGGCGUCUCACAUACGCGGUCCUGAAUGGUGGUAUCUUAUCACUCUUGGACAGAGGACAAAUCUCUGAGAGUAUCAAAGUACAUAAUGCCGUCAUCGAGCUCCAGGCUAAUUUGCCGGACGAUAGGUAUGGUACUAAGAAUGGUUUUAUUGUAAUCGUGCCCAAAAAAAGCGGUCUUUCCAGCGGCACCAAAUACUAUUUCUGUUGUGAAAGUCCGAAAGAAAGAGAGGCUUGGGUCUCGAAUCUCACCGAGUUUGUGGAGGCACCAAUUCUCUCCAAUAGCUCUACUUACACAAAGUCUGAAAACUCAAGCAUGUUAGAGCAUUACAGUGCAAGUAACGACGUGCCCUCAGAUUCAACUUCAAGUUACAUUGGUCCUAUGGCGAACCUUCAACCUCCAGCAAACGUUUUGCCUGCUUCUAACGCUGACGCGGUACCUACAGAUGAUGAAAGAGAAACUAAACGUAGUCGAAUGAGAAGUUUCUUUCCAUUCAAAAGAGUGAAUGUCUCUCAGAUUCCAACUGAUAGUGACUUGAACACGGAUGGAAGUGUGUCAGAAGAGCUUUCAAUAGCGAAGACGUUACAUUCCAUGGACUUGGCUGACGAAGUUUCAACAAACAAGAUUUUCGGUUCAGAUUUGAACAAGUGUUUAUCAUUGAGUUCUCAGCUAUACCAAGGCGAGUACAAAAUACCCAGCGUGGUUUACCGAUGCCUGGAAUAUCUGUAUCGCAACCAUGGCAUCGAAGAGGAAGGAAUUUUCCGGAUAAGCGGCUCAACUGUACUGAUCAAGUCGUUACAAGAGCAGUUUGAUAGGGAACACGAUGUGGACCUUUGUAACUUCAACAAAACAGUUGUCACAGAAGAAACUCAAAACUCCUACAGCACUGGGCUCGUUGAUGUGAACACAGUCACUGGAUUGUUAAAACUCUACUUGCGGCAGAUGCCUCACUCAAUCUUUGGUGAACGCAUGUUUUCUGCUUUCAAAGAUGUCAUCGAAUUCAAAGGGAUAACACCCAGCCAGAUAGCAGUAGAAUUUCGUCGACUUGUCCAUUCGGAUGAAAUGCCAUUCGAAAAUCUAUCGCUAAUGUUUGUUUUGUUCGAAUUAUUGGUAAAAAUCAAUCAAAAAAGCUCUUUCAACAAGAUGAACCUACGAAACCUGUGCAUCGUAUUUUCGCCCACUUUGAACAUACCGGUAAAUGUGAUUCAACCGUUCGUUGUUGAUUUCAACUGCAUAUUUGAAAACAAAGAUCCUAUAAGCGAUUCUUCGAGGGAACAACUGAUAGUAAGUAUACCCCAAAUGUAA